AUGACAAUCACAGACAUAGUCACAGACCCCAGCCUCAGGUUGGCCCUUGAAACUUCUGCCCAAGCCCAAGAACAAGCCCUCAAGCUCCUCGACUUUGUCUCCUCCCAACCUCCGACCGACUCUCCCUCCCACGACUUCCAAAUCCAAGUCUCGAAGCAGCAGAAGCUACUCCUGACCUACCUCGCGCAGCUGCGAGGUUUGCACAGAGACGCGCACGUCAAUGCGCGGGAGACGAAAGCUGUGACUGCUGAGGCGCGCCAGGAGGUCGAUAAACUGCACUUGCAGCUGCAGAAUCUGUAUUAUGAGCAACGGCAUUUGCAGGCCGAGAUUGCUGCGUGCGAGUCUUACGAUCACAAAUACACCCAGCUCCCCCUGAUUCCAGUCGAAGCUUUCCUUGCUCAGUUCCCGGAACACGCCAAAUUAGACGAGAACGAGCUGAUGCUUGCGCGGAUCGAGCAUGAGUUUACGGAUCGCCAGAUUCUGGAGAAUCAGAGACAGGAGCUGUUGAAGAAGAAGAUGGCGUUGCAGGCUGGGAACAAGCAGCGCAAGGAUGAUCUGGCGAAUCUGGACAAGGAUUUGGAGAAGUUCAUUGAUGCUGCAAACCCGAUUCUGAAGACGUUCGUGAGUCCCAAAUGGCCUAAGCUGAGCGAUCAAUCAAUAUGGCGACCCAUCCGAUCAUUGGCGGCUGCGGCUGCUCCUGUUUGCCCAGAAGAUCGGACACAACGGAUCUAUGCAAUUCUGUUUGACACCGCACUUGCCAUCCUCACGCCCGCGUGGCUGGCUCUGCAGCAAUGGCGUGUUGAGUAG